CGAGACUGUGCUUGCAACUAACUACUAAGCAUGCGCCUUCCUGCUACUGGCUGCUCAAUCAGGUCAACCUCCGUCUCCUUAUUUUUCAUGUUCUUUAUUGGUUUUGUUUAAGGCCGGCAUGGAUGACUGGAAUAUGGUGUUAUUUUAAUGGUAUGGUUGGUAUGGUAUACCUGCCCUAGCAAGAAAACAAAGAAAUAAGUCACACUCAUUUGGUGGAGUGUGUGUAUCCGCUGACAAUUUUGUCUUUCUUUUAAUCAAGUAGAAGUCUUUCUUUGAGAACUUUAAUUGCAAUUACAGAAAUACAGAAAGCAAAAAAACUGAAUCUGCUCACCUACCAUUCAGAAUCUCAGACAAGAUGUGCGUUGAUCAUGUUUUAGAGCUUAUAAGCUGCCUGCCGUGCAAUUUGUGCCAUAGGAUGAAAAGGUAUGUCAGGAACAAGAUUGAUCCGGGUGCCACUUGUGUUGAUUCCGCUCUUGAAAAUCUGAAGUCCUCUAACCUUGUUGAUUCUGAGCCCGGGUGGAUCUCAAUCAGAGUAGGGCUGGAAGUGAUUCAAACAUUUCUCACAUUUGCUCCGAGAUGGUGUGAUGCUGAUAAAGUUGUCCGUCAUCAGCUGGGAGAUACUAUAAGCAGCAUCGAAGAUGAAUUUGAGACAGCAGACCUUGAAAUGGAACGUGCACUUGGAAAACAAGGAGAUGCUCUCCGGUCCACCAGGUUGCAGCAGAAGAUCCAGCUAGUGAAGUCAAGGAUUAGAGAAUGUUAUGACUUCUUUUUUGAGUACGCAUUCGAAACCAACCCCCCUGAUCCUCCUUUGUUCAAAUCUGAAUUCAUCUGGAGUCAGUUCUGUCAUGGCCUGCAUUCUAAUGCAUUGCAUCUCCAUUCUGAAUCCCAUUCUUCCGCUACUUCUAUGUCUUUGCAUUUUAAAGAUGUUGUUUCUGCCUUACGAAAAUUUGGAGAAGCUUAUUUCAUAUAUGCUCAGUAUCUAGAGUACAUUGAAAAACGCUUAGGAAGGGAUGGUUGGUGGAGGAGCAAAGCCAGAGUUCUUCAAUCAUUGUCGAUUUUCACAUUUCGAGUUCAACGUGCUGCCAUCUGUUUAGCCCGCCUCCUGUUUUUGUGGUGGGUUGAGGAAACGGAUGAAGACAAGAAGAUUACCAUGUUCUCAGAUCUGCUGCAGAGAAUUAAGCCCACUUCUACACCAUGCUUGCGCAUGUAUGUCGCAGCCAUUCAGGAGUAUCAGACAGCUUGGAUUCAUGUAUAUAGGGAAGGUAGAAGACAGGAUCGCACCAAUCUUUGUGCUUCUGAUCUUGUUAGAAUGUUUCUCAUUCCUUCUUCAAUGGAGCCUCUUGAAACAUUCCGUGACGGGCUCCUGUCUCUCAUAAGAUAUCUAAGCGGUCAUUAUGUACCAGAGGGUAAGCUGAAAUCAAGUAUUGAAAAAGUUGUUUGUGAUGCGGCUUGUCUGCGGUACUUCCCAGUCCCGAAUUCCAAUGAUGAACUUGUGCUUUUUAAGCUGCUUCAAAAGAUUGUACUUUUCAAACUAGAGAUUGUUAUGAGGACUUUAAAAGCAGGUGACUCCAUUUGGGAAGGAACAUUUGAAUCAAUGCAAAAGGGGUUGAGAUUUCUUCAAACAAAUCUUAAAAAUCCACAGGAUGUGAACUCUGAAAAGUUGAUAUUCAUCUUCAAGCGCAUUGAACAAGUGGUUUGGGAGGCACGAUCUCUCCAACUGUCAUUGCAGCCGAACCAAGUCAGAGUCGGCAAGCACCAUGAUGCACUCAAGUUUAAGUUGUUUCUGGAUUUCAAGCUUUUGAAGAUUCAGGCUUUCUUGAUGGAACAGAUCAGAUCGUGUCAACCCCAUUUGAUGAUUCUUGUGAAAGAGAAAAUUCAGUUGCUAAACGAGGGAUUGGAACUUCUGUAUAAGUAUUUCUCAGUACUUCCACUGGAGAACCACGGUGAUAAGGAGAUGAUCUUGACCUGUAUUGAGAGACUGUACGAGGAUCAUGAACAUCUCUACUACUUUUUUCAAUCCAAUCCGGUUGCAGACAACACCAUCAACAAAAUGUCAAAAUCGAUCUCCAAUUUGCUGAACAAGGUCAAUCUUCUGAAUUCAGAGAUCCAAGACACUUAUCUCCAAUUUUGGAGCUCAUUUGUUCUUACCUGGCCAAAGACUCAUCAAGGCUUGGGCUUUGUUGAUCUUUUGCUGGAAAAGCUGAGAGGAUUGAUGCAAUACAAGGCUGAUUUUAUUGGAUACUCACUGAAGCCUCAGAUUGAAUCAGUCCUUACGGGGCUAGAAUCCCUGAGAUCGUUCCUGGAGGUGGUUGGGGAAAAGCGAAAUGAGAAUCCGAAGCUGAAAGAUCUUCGGAGACGAGUUACUCAAGCAGCAUAUCAAGCCGAUUAUAUCAUCGACAGGAUUCUACUCGUGGAUUGUGAUUGGUGUCAUAUGUUGUGGCUCUCUGAUGUCGUUGAUGAGAUUAAAUUCAUUCAGUCAGAGUUUACCAAACUUAAUCAAAUGAAGAAUGGUCUUGCUGAGUCCGAGGAUGUUGUCCAGACUUCGGAGCACACCAUGACACAAUCUGAAACCCCAGAAGUUGGAGAGGUGGUGCCUCUGAAGGAUCAAGAAGAGAUAAUCAUUCAUCGACUCAAAAGAGGGUCAUCUCAGCGGCGCCAAGUUGUAGCAAUAGUUGGCAUGCCUGGUAUUGGAAAAACCACUUUAGCCAGAAAAGUGUAUGAGAAUCCUCAGAUCAGUAAAUACUUUCACAGAAACGCUUGGUGCUGUGUUUCUCAGGUAUACAGGAAGAAGGAGAUAUUGCUUAAGAUUUUAAUUGAUGUCACAAAAGAUGAGAUUGAUGACAAGAGUGAUCAAGAGUUCCGUAGCGAGAGUGUACAGGAGCUAAUUGAGAUCCUGCGCAAGCGUUUGAAGAGAAAACGGUAUCUAGUUGUUCUGGAUGAUGUAUGGAGCUCUGAAGCAUGGGAAGAACUGGAAACUGCUUUUCCAGACGAUCUCAAUGGAAGUAGAAUCUUGAUCACCAGUCGCUAUGAGGAAGUGGGCUUGGAAGCUCAACGUGAUAGUGAUCCUCAUCGUCUUCGUUUUCUCACACAGGACGAAAGCUGGAAGUUAUUGCGAGAAAAAGUAUUUCACAAAAAUGAUUGCCCUCGGGAACUUGAGCAAGUCGGGCUGGAGAUUGCAAAGGGCUGUAACGGCUUACCUCUGGCCAUUGUUGCAAUAGCUGGUGUCCUCAACGCUACAGAGGAGAAAGCUGAUUCAUGGAAGCAAAUUGAAAAAGAUUUGAAUUCCCGUAUUCUUGAAAAUCCUGAAGUCCAGUGUAUGCACAUCCUCGAGUUGAGUUACAAUCAUCUGCCAGAUGACUUAAAACCUUGUUUUCUGUACUUUGCAGCAUUUACAGAAGACACUGAGAUUCCCGUUCAAAAGCUGAUCCAGUUAUGGGUUGCUGAAGGGUUCAUAAGAAAAGAUGAUCGGAAAGCAUCACUGGAAGAUGUGGCAGAGAGUUAUUUGAUGAAUCUCAUUGCUAGGAGCUUAUUGAUGACUGCCAAAAUAGGAUCCAACAGCCGGGUCAAAGCCUGCAAAGUUCAUGAUAUGUUACAUAGCUUGUGUUUGAGUAAAGUCGAGGAAGAAGGCUUUCUGCACUGCAUAAACGGGUAUGAGAAACUUUUUCCUUCAUCUAACAGUCGAUUUGACUAUGGUGUUGAUUCUGAAUAUCAGCCAAAUUCAAUAGCAUAUGAGAAACAUCGGCUGAGUAUUUUUUGUAAGAGGAAGCAUUUUGUUACGUUAAAGCCUUCUGGACAAUCAGUUCGUACUCUACUUUUCUUUGCUGCCAGUGACUCUUAUCCAAGAUGUCCUUAUGAUGUAUCUUUUAUCGCUCAAAAGUUUAAACUUCUUAGAGUGCUGGACAUUGAGGAUAUCAAUAUCGGCCAGUCUUUUCCAGACGGCAUAGAAUUGCUUGACCGGCUAGGGUAUUUAGCAAUUAGCGGGAAUGUAGACUCUGUUCCAUCAACUAUAGCACAGCUAUGGAGCUUGAAAACUUUGAUUGUGCAUGGAUUGGUAGGAAAGGUUGCAUUACCGCACACUAUCUGGAUCAUGUCAAGUCUGAGGCAUCUUCAUGUGAACUCCCGUGCCAUUUUCUGUUUUCAAGAUGGGAAUACUCAGGAUUCCUUAAAGUUAGAUAAUGUACUUACUCUUUCCUCACCUGUUGUUUCGCAUGGGGAUGAUCUGGAGGCCAUCCUGAAGAAGUUUCCCAAACUAAGGAAACUAUGUUUCAUUUUUUCUGUACCAGCUCAUCAAUCUGAGCCCUGCAUCUGCUUUCUAGUCAUGGACAUCCUAACAGAACUUGAGUCGCUAAAGAUAAUCUACGAAGGUAGUGCUCUUCAUUCCUGUCAAUUCAGCUUCCCUUUGAAACUCAGGAAGUUGUCGCUCUCGGACUUCAGCUUAAGAUGGGAUGACUUUUCUGCCAUUGGAGAACUAUCCCAACUCAGAGUUCUCAAACUAGUUUCUAUAUCCUUUGACAGCAAAAUAUGGGACAUGAAUGAUGGUGAAUUCAAACAGCUUGAAUAUUUAAAGUUGGAAUCUCUUAAGAUAUCUGAGUGGAAUGCAUCUAGUGAUCACCUGCCAAGCCUUCAGCAACUAAUCCUGCGAAGCUGCACCCAACUUCAGGAAGUCCCUUCUAGUUUAGGGGAAAGUAUAACUCUGCAGAAAAUCGAAUUGAAGUGGUGCAGCGCCACUGCAGAAGAUUCAGUCAGGAUGAUUCAUGAGCAACAGGUUGAGUAUGGAAACGAGGGAUUCAAGAUCGAUAUCAAUACUUCCGCCGCAGAUUCCAGGUCUUCGUAAUGAUUGCUGAUCGUGUAGGAGUUUGCAGUUUCUGCUUGUAAACUAUAAGUCUGUUCUAAUGAGCUUGAAAAGCAUUGGAGGAAGUCAUUGAAGCUCACUCUUCACUGGAGAUUGUUGUCCAAUAAGUGCGGUUGAACUCUGCACAUUUGGUAGCUUGUCUUUUGAGCCAUUGAAAGCUAAUGAAUUCCCUAAAUUUGGAGAUCUUCACAGCAGUACAUUUGAGGAGAAAUAGAUUCUAAUCGUUUCUGUGCUAUUUCUGUACUUUGAAUACUACUAUAAACAUGGGAAGUUCACAUCUGAGAGUGGCUUUGCUUCUUAAUUCACAAUUCACUAGCUUCUGGUAGUCACUCCCAUUACUAAAAAUAAUGCGAAUAAAUGUAUCAUUAUUAAUCUGUAACUAUUCAUUUUUACUGAUUCCACUUCCUGGAUUAGGCUGUGUUGAUCAUUUCUUCGAAAAUCUGAAUGGAUUGAUGAAGGAUACGAAUGAUUGGAUUUUUUUUUUUUUUAAUUAAGGGUCAGGGUCAGACAGAAACAGUCCUUAAGGGGCUAAGCUCUGUGAGAUCUUUCAUGGGGAGGAGAUGGAAAAUCUCCUCUGUACAGUAUUGAUUUUAUUUUUAUGCAACUCCUUUUUAUUUUGGUUGAUUGGAAACCUGAUGGAAUUGUAAGUUUCUGUUGUGAAGCAAAUUAUCUCAGUGACUUUCUCCAUCCUAAUCUGGUUAAAUUAAUUGCAAUCAUUAUAAUUUAGUGGGAAUGUGUCAUUUUUACAAACCAUAGCUUGAAAAAUAA